UCUAUCUGUCUGACCUGAUCAAGAAAAAUCAGCAAAAAGGCCAUAUGAAAAGGGGUUAGACCCUUUUGUAGCGUGAAAAGGUUUGUCGAAUCAGAACUGCUUCUAUCGCCUUAUUGCUCUACCUGCCUUUUUUCUGAUUUAUAUCUAUCCAUCCACCUCUUUUCUGAUUGUACAGCAGAAGAAAAAAGCCUGAGUACUGUUAGGUUCAGUCUCUUUUCCCCCAAUUUGGACUUCCAAUUACACUUUUUUUCCGUUUCAUUUUUGGGGAUGCGAGUUCACUCCUCCUGAUCAGUCUCUUUUCCUCCCCCCAUGUCAAGAACCAUAAAUUAUAUAUAUAAUUAUUAAUUUUCCCUCCCUUCAGAAAAAAAGGAAAGAAAAGAAAGCUGAACUCUCUAUUUUGUUGCCAUUCAUAAUAUUUGCAGAACAAUUCUCCCAACCCUACUAAAAAUUUUAAGUUUCCCCAUGCUAAAUCUACCCACUACCAGUCUGGUCUCUUUCCUUCUGAACUCCUCUCAGUAAUUCCAUCUUUUCUUUUAAAGCAACAAAAUUUUCUACCGUUUUUUUUUCUAUAUUGUCUUCCCUUCUCUUUUCUCUCCCAAUGAUGCAAUUUACUGAGACACCACCACCAACGUCCUUGCACCAAAUUAUCCCCGCACCCUAUUCCAAUAACCUCCAAAUGAUGAACAAAAACCAAACCCACCGUACGCGCCCGUGGCCCGGCUUCCCGACCCCAAAGUCCCUCGGAACAAACUUCGGCGACGCUAACUGCAUGGAGCAGCUGCUUGUCCACUGUGCCAACGCCAUCGAAACCAACGAUGCCACCCUCACGCAGCAGAUCCUCUGGGUCCUCAACAAUAUCGCCCCACAAGACGGCGAUUCCAACCAGCGCCUCGCCUGCGCUUUUCUCCGUGCCCUCAUAGCUCGUGCAGCCCGAAUCGGAAGCUGCAAGGUCCUCGCAGCCAUGGCCAACUCCCAAGCCAACUUCACAAUACACACUCACAAGUUCUCCGUCAUUGAGCUCGCCUCCUUCAUCGACUUGACCCCGUGGCACAGGUUUGGAUUCACUGCCGCAAAUGCAGCAAUUCUAGAAGCUGUUGAAGGGUAUUCUGUGGUUCACAUUGUUGACCUGAGCUUGACGCAUUGCAUGCAAAUCCCAACUCUCGUCGACGCCAUUGCCAGCCGUCAGGACGGUAAUGUGAGUCCUCCGUUGCUGAAGCUCACUGUGGCAGGUUCCACGGAGGACAUCCCUCCAAUGCUGGACCUCUCGUACGAGGAACUAGGUUUCAAGUUGGUUAAUUUCGCCAGGUCCAGAAAUAUAAUUUUAGAGUUUAGGGUCAUCCCGUCAAGUUACACCGACGGGUUUGCCAACCUAAUUCAACAACUCCGCGUGCAAAAUUUAGUAUAUGCGGAGAGUGGUGAGGCGCUUGUCGUGAACUGUCACAUGAUGCUUCACUACAUUCCUGAAGAGACAUCAACACUUCCGUUAAUCAAUCCGAAUCCAAGCAGUAGUCGUUCGACCAGCUCUUAUGCUUUCGAUGUAGCAUUGUCCUCUUCCAGUACUACUCCAUCGCUAAGGACAAUGUUUCUGAAAGCGCUUCGGGGUUUGGACCCAACGAUUGUGGUUUUAGUAGACGAAGAUGCGGAUUUGACAUCGAAUAAUCUAGUGUGUAGAUUGAGGUCAGCCUUCAACUACCUGUGGAUACCUUACGACACCGUGGACACGUUUUUUCCCCGGGGAAGCAAGCAGAGGCAGUGGUAUGAGGCGGAUGUGUGUUGGAAGAUUGAGAACGUGAUAGCCUACGAAGGGUUACAGAGGGUGGAGAGGCUGGAGCCGAAAUGCAGGUGGGUGCAGCGGAUGCGAAACGCCAACUUUCGAAGCGUUUUGUUCGGGGAAGAUGCGGUUUCGGAAGUGAAGGCCAUGCUUGAUGAACAUGCAGCCGGUUGGGGAUUGAAGAGAGAAGAAGAAGAUGUUGUACUUACAUGGAAAGGGCACAAUGUUGUGUUUGCCACCGCUUGGAUACCUGCUUGAAAUUCACAUGUUGAAAUUUCUCAAGAAAAUGAUCUGACCAGUUAAUUAAUAUAGAAUCUCUCUUUUGUUUCUUCUUCUUUUUUGGUCUGUUAUUUGAUCUCUUUGGCUAGUAGCUAGCUUAUAAAUUAGUUAAUGGUCAUGUUUUACAACUAAUUUUUACUUAGUAGUUGAGACCUUAAAUUUUAAUUAACGUGGGGU